GAAAGCGAAGAUUCAUUAUAGGCUGGCUAGCUGUGAAAUAUGGCGGCAACGCAAAACCUUGCUCCAAAUGACUGGCUCACGCAUCCAGAGCUUUUGCCGCCGCGACCGCAGACAUACAUCGAAGCCAAAUACACUCGAUUAUUUGCGAUUGAUGUGCAUGGUCGCAAGCAUCAUGACCAGUACGUGUUUCUAGCGCCGAAUGGCUUGGCUGUGGUGGGCCUAGCGCCAUCGCAUCCGCUCAUCGCAGCACACCGGCGCGCGACAGGGUACAAGCCCCUACAGCUGCAAUACAUCCCACCACACCUUGAACAUCUAACAGCCGAGGAACUAGCAGCGGCCGCUCCGGACGAGGAGGAUGCGGAUGCAGGAGCAAUCGAACGCGGAGGA